AUGAGGUUGCUCAACGCUAUACUUUGUUUGUUGCCAAUCGCAAUAAAGGCAAGGGAUACUGAUGAACUCGUCCCAUUCGCAUAUGAACCCCUACCACUUGGAAGUAUAACACCAAACGGAUGGCUCAGAACAGAGCUCGAAGCCUCCGCAGCAGGUCUAGGAGGCCAUCUAUACGACUUUUACCGCUACGUCGCAAACUCCUCCUGGAUAGGUGGCGACCAAGAAUACAGCGGACUUAACGAAGCCCUCCCAUACUGGUUAAACGCCAUAGUCCCACUAUCCUACACACUCCAAGACGACCGUCUAAAAGCUGAUAUCAAAACAGUUGUCAGCAAAAUCCUCGACCUCAUCCAACCAGAUGGCUGGAUUGGACCUGAGACUCUCGAAGCGGGGAACCGUCUCAUCUGGGCUCGAACGCUUGUCUUUCUAGGAUUCACGAACCUCGUCGAUGCCGAUCCGGAGUCCUAUGAGGAACCUAUUAUCAAUGCCCUGUUUCGGUUCAAUGAGUUGAUGAAUUCGAUGCUGAAGAAUAAUGGUACGGGGAUGAUCUAUCAUGAUGGUGACAAGGCUAGUGCGGGUGAUUUCACUUGGUUCCGGUCUAGGUCGCAGGAUAUGGAGGUUGCGGAUCGGGAGUGGCCGUUUUUGCAUGGCGUUACUGUUGCUGAAGCUUUGAAGUAUGCUGCCGUGUUCAGGCGCUCUACUCACAAUGAUAGUCUGAUCACUACUGCGAAAAAUGGGGUCGACUGGACAUUCAAAUAUCACGGCUCAGCCUCUGGCUCAAUCCUAGCUGACGAGCGUCUCGCUGGGUUGAAUCCAUUCUAUGGAUCCGAGCUCUGCACCGAAGUUGAAGCAAUCUACUCACUUGCAUACAACUACUUCGCAAUUGGUGACCCAGACUACGCAGACCGUACGGAACUGGCAGCUUUCAAUGCUUUACCAGCAGCGAUGUGGCCCGACUGGACAUCGCAUCAAUAUAUGACUGAGUCAAACCAGCCAUUUUCCAAGAAUCUUUCAGCGUCGCCUUUCUGGAAUGUCAAUACUGUUGGGCAGACCUUUGGUGUUGAGCCGAAUUAUCCAUGUUGUACUGUCAACCAUCCUCAGGGGCUGCCCAAAUUCACAAUGUACAGCUUCCUCAAGAACGGCAAUAACGGACUAGUCCACGCCCUCCUCAGCCCAGGCAAAGUGAACACCAAAAUAAACGACAAGGAAGUAACAAUAGACUGCCAAACCGACUACCCAUUCAACACGAGCCUAUCAUACACAAUCAACAGCGAGACGCCCUUCGAGUUCUACCUCCGCGUUCCACAAUGGUCAACAGGAAUCAAAAUAAACCAGCAACCCUCCCCAAUCAACUCAAGGACAGGCCUAACAAAAGUCCGAAUUCGAUCUGGAAAGACAACCCUCAACUACGAUAUUGGCAUGGAUAUCCAAACCAAAUCCAGAGCCAAUGAUACAAUCGCCGUUUACCGCGGUCCAAUUCUAUACAGUCUAUACAUCGACCCAAUAACCACAAGCGGUCCACCCCACUAUUAUGGCACACAGCAAGAAUGGCCAGAAGGGACAUAUCCUCCCCAGAUGCAAGAUCAUUCGAUGGCAAAUGGGACUGAGUGGAACGUGGCUAUUGACCCGUCGACGCUGACUUUCCAUUCUGGGUCUGGGCCUUUGCCUUCGCCUACUUUUGAUGAUGGGAAGUUGCCUAUGUAUGUCACUGCACAGGCUUGUCUGAUUGAUUGGCCUUUAUUCAAAGGGUCUGUUCCUGCUUCGCCGCCUGCUAAGGAGGAUAGGGUGUGUCUUGGAGACAGCUUUGUUGCGACGCUGCGGCCGUACGGGAGUUCCAAGUUGCAUAUGUCUGAUCUUCCGACUAUUGAUCUUGGGGGCUAG